UCGGCCGCUGUGUCUCCACGACCGUCGCCGCGCCCGGCUUGCCCGGAUCCCCAGGACUUUUAGGGAAUGCCAUCUCGCCUCCGUCGCCAAUGUUUCAGUGGAGCAAGUGGAAGAAAAGGAUGGGAGCAAGUACUUCUUCCUCCUCUUCCAAAAGACCCGUGUUCGACGAGAAGGAGGAUGUGAAUUUUGACCAUUUCCAGAUACUUCGAGCAAUUGGCAAAGGCAGCUUUGGCAAGGUGUGCAUUGUACAAAAGAGAGAUACAGAGAAGAUGUACGCCAUGAAGUACAUGAACAAGCAGCAGUGCGUUGAAAGAGAUGAAGUUCGGAACGUGUUCAGAGAACUAGAGAUCCUGCAGGAAAUUGAGCAUGUCUUCUUGGUGAAUCUCUGGUACUCCUUUCAGGAUGAAGAAGACAUGUUCAUGGUAGUAGAUUUGCUCCUGGGCGGCGACCUACGUUAUCAUCUCCAGCAGAACGUGCAGUUUACCGAGGAAACAGUGAAACUCUAUAUCUGUGAGAUGGCCUCAGCUUUAGACUAUUUGCGCAGUCAGCGGAUCAUACACAGAGAUGUGAAACCAGACAACAUUCUCCUUGAUGAACAAGGCCAUGCACACCUAACAGAUUUUAAUAUUGCAACUAUCAUCAGAGAUGGUGAAAGGGCAACUGCUCUAGCUGGAACUAAGCCGUAUAUGGCUCCAGAAAUCUUUCAUUCCUUUCUGAAUGGUGGAACCGGUUACUCCUUCGAAGUCGACUGGUGGUCGCUGGGAGUGAUGGCAUAUGAGCUCCUCCGUGGAUGGAGGCCUUAUGAAAUCCAUUCCAACAGCCCGGUGGAAUCUUUAGUUCAGUUGUUCAGCACUGUGAGUGUCCAGUACGCAACAGUGUGGUCAAAAGACAUGGUGGCAUUAUUAAGAAAGCUUCUGACAGUGAACCCUGAGCAUCGGUUUUCUAGCCUAGCUAACAUCCAGACUUCCUCCUACUUAUCGACCGUGGACUGGGACGAAAUCUGCGAAAAGAAAGUGGAGCCGGGCUUUGUUCCUAACAAAGGCCGCCUGCAUUGCGACCCCACCUUUGAGCUGGAAGAGAUGAUCCUGGAGUCAAGGCCGCUGCACAAGAAGAAGAAGAGGCUUGCAAAGAAUAAAUCCAGGGAUAAUAGCAAGGACAGCUCACAGUCAGAAAAUGACUACCUCCAGGAAUGCCUUGAAGCGAUUCAGCAAGAUUUUGUCAUUUUUAAUAGAGAAAAGUUGAAGAAGAGCCCCGAUCAAAUGAACGAGUCCAUUUCUCCUCCCGAAACCACUGAUGAAGCUGAGACGGAAACAGAAUCUGAAAAUUCCAACCUGAAUAUGUGUAGCUCAGUUUGUUCUUCCACAGGCAGCAGCUAGGACUAUGGGGGGAAUGAGGCAAAAGGGCCAGAAGCAUGUACAUCUCUUGAAUAAAUCAUUCUCAGGUUGCACUGACAAGCCGAUGACAGUACAUUGAGUACUUUAGUUGAGAAAAAAGGAAGGAGGAGAAAGAAGAGGAGCCACAAAAAACAACACUGUAGAGCCACAAUAGAGGCAGAUAGUUCUUAGAGAACUCAUGGAUGAAAAAGAUCACCAGUUACCUGAUAUUUUGCUAUGCAACACUUUGGCGAAAACCAUUCCAUCUUUUUCUUUGUCCUUUUCUUUUUCGCAGGGACUGAGAGUCGUCUGAAGUAUAUUUUCAGGUAGUAACAGCUAGAGAGCGGAUCCUAGCUGAGGUCCGGGAGAAUGCCGAUCAAACGCACACAAAGUGCAAUGGGAGGCCCAGGAAA